AUGCCCGGAAAAAUAAUUGAUCAAUAUGAUCAUGUUCCAGUUACCAAGGAAGACUUGGAUUGGGCGGAACUUGUCACCCUCGAUCUGAGCCUGUUUGAGCAACCAGGUGGUAAAGAGCAGCUUGCCAAGCAGCUAGAACAUGCCGUGCAACAUGUUGGCUUUUUCUAUGUAAAGGGCUUCAACAUCAGCCAGGAAGAAGUCGAUCGCCAGUUUGCUCUAGGUCGCGAAUUCUAUGAUCUCCCUCUUGAGGAGAAACUGAAGUAUCACAAUUCCAAUGAUCUUGCCAAUGGCGAGUAUAACGGAUACAGACCUGCCGGUCACCGCAUCAUGGGUAACGGUAUCAAGGAUAACGUUCAGGUCUACAACAUUCCCAAGUUUGAUGGCUACCACAAGCGACAACAGCCCCCGGUUAUCUCUGACCACAUUGACGAGAUUGAAGAUUUCAGCAGGAAAUGUCACACCGAGGUAGUAGAAAAGCUACUUCGACUAUUCGCCAUCCUCCUCGAGCUUCCAAGCGAGGAUCAGCUGGUUCGUGAUCACCAGUAUGAUGUGAAGGGCGAAGACCAUCUCCGUUACAUGCACUACGCAGCGCGUAGCGCCGAGGAGAACAAGAAGGUCGGUGGGCUAUACAGUGCUGGACACACAGAUCUGGGAUCUAUCACACUGCUUUUCCGCCAGCCCGUAGCCGCCUUACAGAUCCUCAACUCCGCAGGGGAGUGGAAGUGGGUCAAACCUCAAGAUGGAACUAUCACAAUCAACACUUGCGAUGCCCUUACAGCCUUGACUGGAGGAUAUAUCAAAUCAAGUAUUCACCGUGUCCACACUCCUCCCGCAGAUCAGGCCCAUGUUGAUCGUCUGGGUGUGCUGUAUUUUGCUCGACCAAACAAUCACAUCGUCCUGGACCCUAUCGAGAACAGCCCUGUACUGAAUCGUCUAGGCCUUACUAGUAAUGCCUUCACUGAGCUUGGUCAGCACCUCACUAUGGAACAGUGGGUUAAGGUGCGACAGUCCCAGCAGCAACGUCGUAACAAGGACAUCAAGAUCUCUGAGGAGGGGAAAUUCACCUAUGGAAAGGGCGAUCUUGAUAUCAUUCCCGGUCUGACAGCUAAGAUGUAUGACUAA